AUGUCACAACCAACAACAACCGAAUCCAAACCAAAGCCUUGCUGUGUUUGCAAACCGGAAAAAGAAACAAGAGAUCAAUGUUUAUUAAUCAAUGGUCAAGAUUCUGGUAAAUGUGAUGAUAUCAUUACUCAAUACAAAUCAUGUAUGAAAGGUUAUGGUUUCACAAUAUGA